AGUUUUACUCUAGAGUCCGACAUCGCUGGGCCACAAGUGCCGAAGACCUUCGAAAUGUAACCGUUCUCUCUGUGGGUGGUGGUUACCUUGACUUCCAGGUGCGCUCUGGUUUGACGGCGCUGUCCUGUCCCAUCGAUGACCUCAAUAAGAUGUCAGUAGUGGCAACUGCAGUACCCCGAAGCUGGGUUUCCACCGAUCAUAUUUCCAUUGUUUGGUGCAAGGAGCUGGUUCUGGCCACAGUCCGGGUGUUCUUCGACCUUAUUGAACCUGAAACCGGGCAGUUCACAGAGAGUCCUGAGAAGCGGAUGUCAGUGCUGAACUAUCACUUCUUUAGACAUCCAGUGCUGAAACCUGGAGGAGCACAGGAUGACCCUGUCACUUUCUCAGCUCCUCCUGAGGCGUGGAAGGAGGUCAACACACUCCGUCUGUUCUACAGUGCCCCCAAGGAAGCUCAAGUCAAGUACUUCCUGUUUGCUCUCUCCAGUCGAAGGAAAGCUUAUAGUCAUUUCCACUGCCGCAAUAAUAAUAUG